AUGGAUCCAAAAGACAAUAUAGCAGGUCAUACUUCAAAAUUAGAAAAUCUAAGUAGACAACUAAAACAAUUGGGAGAACCUAUCUCAGAAUCAAUGUUAAUUACAAAAGUUUUGAUGACAUUACCAGAAAGCUAUAGGCACUUCUACAGUACAUGGGACUCUAUGAAUAGUGCAAAUAGAACGCUAGAACAGUUAACUGCUCGAUUGAUGGUGGAAGAAACAUGA